UAUUUAUGUUCCUUCAAAGCACUCGUCGGUUGCCGUGUGUGUUUUGGGUCCUGUCCAGGUCUGGACAGAACGUUCCCAGCUUCGGACCCGUGCAACUCUGCAAGCCCGGCAUGGCCAGGAGCUUCGGUUGGGCUGGAAAAUCGGCUCUAGGCUACCGAAGCACAUCUUCUGGGGUCCGGGUCGCUCUCACCCGGAUCUUUCCCUGACAGCAUCGGGUCUGGGAAGGAGCCACCGCAAGUCGGCGAGUGCGGUGGAGCGCAGGUUUGGUGAUGGUGAUGUAUCCGGGCAAACGCAGGUACCAGAAGAUGACUUUCCAGAGACGAGCCUUGCUUAACCGGCAAGCCUUCCUCCCGUGCCUCUCUUAAACCACCGGAAAGCAGCACUUUUGACUAAAAGCCCAGUUAGUUGGGAGAAACUGGUUCGGGUAUUAAUUAUACUCCUGAGCGCCGAUGGAUUUACUGUCACAAGUUUUGUGUUUCUUGCGUUACGGACUCCAACAAACAGGAAACGGAGCGUACGCAGGAAAAACCGUGCGUGAUCAUUGCGCGUCAAGUUUUCGCGGUAAACAGGCUGCCGUGUUUUGGGGGGGGGGAACCUCCUCCGGUCUUUCUCUCUAGCAGUGGUCAGAGCUGCUGGUAGCAGUAAGUUGAACACAUCUGUUUUGGGGAGAAAGAGGCGAUCGGAAGGACUGAAGUGCGUAAAAAUAUAUCUCGUACCUGGCGUUAGCACGAAGAAAUCGUCAUCUCAAUCCGUUGUGUGUUUUGGUAGAGGCGGCAGAGCGUUUUAUGGGAACGUGAACCAUUAAACUUGCUCAAACGUAGAAAUAUUGUUUUCAAAUAACCUGCAGACCUGGCAGCAGCGAGUUGGUGCGUCUCCCGUUUAUCCCAAGAAGGGAAUUACCGGAGCCCGAUCCUGCGAGUCCGUCAGCAGGUCUCAGAUCAAAGACAUUAUGUGACGCUGAACUUCCUUGCAAAGCUCUUCUGGUGGUUCAUUGGCUGCAUUAUCUGCCAACAAGUUGUCUUAUUUCUCACUGGGAUUUUUCUAACUCUGUUUUUCAGCCGCUGGAUCUUGUCCUCCCUUUCAAAUAAUUCAUCUGCUUUAGAUUUGAGAUUUUCAUGGGUUUUGCCCCAUUGCUCUUUCAUAAUGCCAUCGCUCGGCCUGGAACAAAGCCGGUUUCACAAAGGCAUUAUCUCUGCAUUACUGACCAGUACAUCUUCUUUCAUAUUGCCUUGGAGUGGAGAACUGUUGACCCCUUUCUCAAUAGCUUCUUCGCUGGGGCCCCUUUGAUAUGCAAAGGAGUUGCUAAUCAGUUCUGUAAUCGGUGUGAUGUGUUUGCAUUUUAAUCAAGAAGUGACUGUGUAGAAAUAACCUUCUUGUAACCUGCUUAUUGCCCGUCUUAGACUGCGUUCGCUGCUUUUCCCUGCUGCAAACAGGUCACCGCUCCAUUAACUGCGGGCUCUGAAGAAACUCCAGGAAAGCGAGAUCUCAUUUUGCCAGCUGCCGGUGACCAUCGAGUCGCUGCCGUGGCCGGAACGAUCCCGGCCGGCUCCGCACAGCUCUGGCGUGGAAGCGGUGGCACCGGCAAAGGCAGCAGAGCGCAUCUCCCUCGAGCCGUUUAUGGAGGAGUUUAAUUUAGAACAGCGUCUCGCCGCGCAAGUCGUAGCGUGAGAGCGAGACCCCGGCGCUAGAGGAGCCCUGCGGUCGAGCCGCUGUUGUGCCGGCAGCCGGGAACUCUGCUCUCCGCCUGUUUGCGGGCUCUCGGUUCUCAUCGCUGCCGCGAGAGCACGCGGCGAGCCCGUGGGUCCGUGUGGCCCUUCUGUCGCCGUCCCUGAGGUGGCACCACAAGGUGGGGAGAAGAUGUGGCGUGUCUGGAGUCACACCGCUCUGCUCAUGCCCUACGUGAAGAGAGCACAACUCUCUGAUUUCUCUCGAGCUGAGUGGAAGCCUUUGCCAUUCGCUUCUCCGGUAUUUUUGUGCCCCGCGCUGUUGUAACUUGUCAGUCCUGACUUUGUGGCUCUUCCCGUCACUUCAUCUCUCGGGGUGCUUGCGUGCAAACAUCUGCUCCUGCUGUUUAUUCUCAACCAGAAGUUGCUCAGAUGUUAAGGGACAAGAACAGAAGGUUUUCCAGGCCGCUGCCCCGCGGCCCAGGGUUCCCUCACGGACGGGACCGACGGGUCUUGCAUUGCGGAGCUGCUGGACAACAGGCUCCAGCUUUUCUGCGCCAGGAUCUGGGCACAGCUCAUCGUUUUGGGGUGCAGCUCCGCUCUCAGAGCAAGGAUUGACAACCCUGCCUCAAAUUCAGCCUUUGCACGGCUGCGUCUUGGCCUCGUAUCAACGUGACAUCGGUAUUAGUAUCGCUGAAUAGUCACACAUUUACUUUUUGGCUCUUUGAGCGGUGUCAGAAGAGCAUUUAAAACCCCAGCCUGUGAAUAAAUGAACGUUGAUCAAGCGAUAGCUUCUCCAGCUGGCAGGAGAGACUAGAAAGAUGCGUGGGCAUCGUGACUUCGCUAACCAACGGGCUGUCAGAGAGGGAAGCUAACGAUGCCCUCAACGCUCACAUAUGUAAAGGAACCCCCCAGCAUGAGGAAAUCUGCCUGGGUCUUUUCACUCUGGUCUUAACCGAACCCACUCAAGCACAGAAGUGCUACCGGGACUUGGCACUGGUGAGUCGAGAUGGCAUGAACAUCGUUCUCAACAAGAUCAACCAUAUUCUCAUGGAGAAGUACUUGAAGCUGCAGGACACCUGUCGGACCCAGCUGGUGUGGUUGCUGCGGGAGCUGGUGAAGAGCGGGGUGCUCGGCGCGGAUGGCGUCUGCAUGACCUUCAUGAAGCAGAUUGCAGGUGGGGACGUGACGGCGAAGAAUAUCUGGCUGGCCGAGAACGUCCUGGAGAUACUGACCGAGCAAAGAGAGUGGGUACUGAAAAGCAGCCUCUUGAUAGCCAUGGCGGUGUACACCUACCUACGGCUCAUCGUGGACCAUCACGGCACGUCUCAGCUCCAGGCCCUUCGUCAAAAGGAGGUGGAUUUCUGCAUCUCCCUCCUCCGUGAACGGUUCAUGGACUGCUUCAUGAUCGGCCGGGACCUUGUGAGGCUGCUGCAAAACGUUGCGAGGAUACCCGAGUUCGAGCAGCUCUGGAGGGACAUCAUCCACAACCCGCAGGUCCUCAGCGCGCAGUUCACAGGUGUCCUGCAGCUCCUCCAGUCGAGGACUUCUCGCAAAUUCCUGGCGUGUCGCCUCACUCCCGACAUGGAAACCAAGCUGCUCUUCAUGACCUCGCGGGUCCGGUUCGGUCAGCAGAAGCGGUACCAGGACUGGUUUCAGCGACAGUACCUGUCCACCCCCGACAGCCAGUCCCUGCGCUGCGACCUCAUACGUUACAUCUGUGGCGUGGUCCACCCCUCCAACGAGGUGCUCAGCUCCGACAUCCUCCCGCGCUGGGCCAUCAUCGGGUGGCUGCUCACCACCUGCACGUCCAACGUUGCUGCUUCAAAUGCCAAACUGGCCCUAUUCUAUGACUGGCUCUUCUUCAACCCCGAGAAGGACAGCAUCAUGAAUAUCGAGCCUGCCAUUCUGGUGAUGCAUCACUCCAUGAAGCCUCACCCUGCCAUCACCGCCACGCUGCUGGAUUUCAUGUGCCGGAUCAUUCCCAACUUCUACCCUCCGCUGGAGGCUCACGUUCGGCAAGGCGUGUUCAACUCUCUCACCCACAUUGUGGAGAAGCGAGUCCUUGCACAUCUGGCCCCUCUCUUCGACAACCCCAAGCUGGACAAAGAGCUCCGUGCCAUGUUGAGGGAGAAAUUCCCGGAGUUCUGCAGUUCGCCCUCACCCCCCAUCGAAGUCAAAAUUGAGGAACCCGUUUCCAUGGAGAUGGACAAUCAUAUGUCAGAAAAGGAUGACAGUUGCUAUGACAACGCCGAGGCCGCAUUCAGUGAUGACGAAGAAGACUUGAACAGCAAAGGGAAGAAGAGGGAGUUCAGGUUUCAUCCGAUCAAAGAAACCAUUGUGGAGGAGCCUGUUGAUAUCACGCCAUUCCUGGACCAGCUGGAUGAGUCACUGAAGGAUAAAGUCCUGCAGCUGCAGAAAGGAAGCGAUACGGAAGCUCAGUGUGAGGUCAUGCAGGAAAUCGUGGAUCAAGUCCUGGAGGAGGACUUUGACUCGGAGCAGUUAUCAGUGCUCGCAUCCUGCCUCCAGGAGCUAUUUAAGGCUCAUUUCCGUGGUGAGGUUUUGCCAGAAGAAAUCACGGAGGAGUCUCUGGAGGAGUCGGUGGGGAAGCCUCUCUACCUAAUAUUUAGGAACCUCUGCCAGAUGCAGGAGGAUAAUAGCGGUUUCUCACUGCUGCUGGAUCUCCUGUCAGAGCUCUAUCAGAAGCAACCCAAGAUCGGCUACCACCUCCUGUACUAUUUAAAAGCCAGCAAAGCUGCGGCAGGGAAGAUGAACCUGUACGAGUCCUUCGCCCAGGCCACGCAGCUGGGGGACCUGCACACGUGCCUGAUGAUGGAUAUGAAGGCCUGCCAGGAAGACGACGUACGGCUGCUCUGCUACCUCACCCCCUCCAUUUACACGGAGUUCCCAGACGAGACCCUACGAAGCGGCGAGCUGCUGAACAUGAUUGUAGCCGUCAUAGACUCAUUCCAGUUGCAGGAGCUGGUGUGCCACGUGAUGAUGGGCAACCUCGUCAUGUUUCGGAAAGACUCGGUGCUCAACAUCCUGAUUCAAAGCCUGGACUGGGAGACCUUCGAGCAGUACUGCACCUGGCAGCUCUUCCUCGCGCACAGCAUUCCUCUGGAGACCAUCAUCCCGAUCCUGCAGCACCUCAAAUACAAAGAGCACCCUGAGGCGUUAUGCUGCCUGCUGCUGCAGCUGAGGCGAGAGAAGCCCAGCGAGGAGAUGGUGAAGAUGGUGCUGAGCCGGCCCUGCCACCCCGACGACCAGUUCACCACGAGCAUCCUGCGGCACUGGUGCAUCAAACACGACGACCUCCUGGCCGAGCACAUCAAGUCGCUGCUGAUCAAGAACAACAGCCUACCACGAAAACGCCAAAGCCUGCGCAGCUCCAGCAGCAAACUGGCCCAGCUCACCCUGGAGCAGAUCCUGGAGCACCUGGACAACCUCCGCCUCAACCUGACCAACACCAAACAGAACUUUUUCAGCCAAACCCCGAUCCUGCAGGCGCUGCAGCACGUCCAGGCCAGCUGCGACGAAGCCCACAAGAUGAAGUUCAGCGACCUCUUCUCCCUGGCAGAGGAGUAUGAAGAUUCCUCUACCAAACCCCCCAAGAGCCGCCGAAAAGCCACCCUCUCCAGCCCCCGCAGCCGCAAGAACGCAGCCCAGCCGGCCAACAACGAGGAGGAGUCAGCUUCCAGCAGCGCCUCGGAGGAAGAAGACACCAAACCCAAACCCGCCAAACGGAAAAGAAAAGGUUCCUCCGCCGUGGGCUCGGACAGUGACUGAGGGCUCUGCCCUCUCUCUCCCCCCCCCCCCCACCCCUCCCCGGCCGCUCUCGGGUCCCCGUGGUGCCCGGUUCCCCUGCCACGCUCGGACAAAAGCCAUUGCCAGGACGGGAAGGAGAGCACGCGUCCCCUCCGGGAGCCCCCCGGGGCCCGGCCCACCCCGGCUCCCGCUGUGGGAUUUGUGCCUCCGCACCCACCCUCCCUCCCCACUUUUAAUUUUUUUUUGGUUUUGGUUGGUUUUUUACCUCCUCUUUCUUUUUUUACCAGCAGUCGGGGAGGGAUGGGAGCGUGCACACCCCCCCCACACCCCCCGGACCUGGCUCCAGCCCCUGCCCACUCGAGGGGCAGCGUGGGCGCAGGGGUCCCCGAGGGGGAACACGGCACCACGGGGGGGGGGGGGGGGGGGGGAAGAGGAGAAAUAUCACACGUCCCCUAUUUUCAUAUUAGAAAUGUAAAUAAACAGUGCGAACUGGCUUGCUGCUCCAGGAUGCUUUGGGGAGGGGUGAACUCGUGUCCCUGCCCGUGGGGACGAGGGGACGCCGACACCCCCAUCCCACCCACCCCCCCCCACGCCCCCGCAGCCUCCGCUCCCCUCCCAGGGUCGCGUCUUCCUGGGGAGCUGCUGUGGGGUGGAGGGGGGGGGGGGGGGGGGCGUGGGGGGGGGGAACAACACCGCGCCGGCACCCGCCGGGCAACGGCUUCGGUUCGGCGGACGCUGCCCGCGCCGGAGCCCCGUCGUCCGCGUGAGAAGGUGACGCCGCUCGCCCGUGUCACCCCCAGAGCUAUUAGCGUUUUUAAAGUGUUUUUAAAAAAAACAACAAUAAAAAAUUCUCGAAUGUUUUGUACAAAA